UCUUUCCACACAGAGUAACUCAGAAGGAAGGACUCUGUUCCACCUUUUGCUUUCCUCACCAGUAAAGCUGGUAUUUGGUGGCCUAUCUGCCCAGUGGACACACUUUUGGGUUUGUUUUCAAGUCUGCUUUUCCUUCACACUGAAGAUCACAUAUAUUCAGGUGGUUCAAGGCUAAAUCAGAGAUGACUCAAUCAAGGACUCCAGAGCAGAAGCCACUGGAAAGAAGAGACUUUUGUUUGACUCUGAAAACAGAGGCCUCUUUGGCCCGUCUAAGCAGCCUGCUGGCCCAUGGCACUCCUCUUACUUCUGCACUGGCGUCGCCACUGCAGAGCUGAAAAUCUUCAGGUCUUGCUUUCCCAGGCACAUCCCAGGCCGGGGACCAUGAUAAAGGCAGGCCCUGAUCUCCAACCACCUCAGCACCUCAGAGAUCCUAUAAAAUCUCCCUGGUAGCAGGUGGGUGCGGGCCACGGGGAAGCUUGGACUCCAGCCAGGGCAUGGUCAGUCGGCUGCAAGGCAGCAGAGGGGGGGUUAAAAGGGUCUGGUAACAAGAAGAGAAGUCAUCCGGAGAACCCCUAUAAAAGUGAACGAGGUCUCUCCGGUCGCUAGAAAAAGAAAGAAACGGUGGCGGCAGCAAAGCUACAGAGUCUCCGUAUGCACCUGUGAUUGCCGGGCAGUUUAGCGAGCUGCAGGAGGACCCAGACGCUGUGGCGGAGGAGACGCUUCCCAGGUCUGAUAACUGGGAGGCAGCUGGAGGAAAGAUGCCCUCUGAGUCUUUCUGUUUGGCUGCCCAGGCUCGUCUUGACUCCAAAUGGCUGAAAACAGAUAUACAGCUUGCAUUCUCAAGAGAUGGGCUCUGUGGCCUAUGGAAUGAAAUGGUUAAAGAUGGGGAAAUUGUUUAUACUGGAACGGAAUUAACACAGAAUGGAGAGCUCCCUCCUAGAAAAGAUGAUGGUGUUGAUAUUCAAAGUGGAACCAAGAAAGAAGAUCUGAAUGACAAAGAGAAAAAGGAUGAAGAAGAAUGUCCUGUACCUGCAUUUAGGGCCAAAUCAAUCCUGGAGAGCUGGGUAUGGGGCAAGCAACCAGAUGUGAAUGAACUGAAGGAAUGUCUUUCUGUGCUGGUCAAAGAGCAGCAAGCCCUGGCUAUCCAGUCAGCCACCACCACCCUCUCAGCCCAGAGACUCAAGCAGAGGCUGGUGAUCCUGGAACGCUACUUCAUUGCCUUGAACAGAACUGUUUUUCAGGAGAAUGUCAAAGUUAAGUGGAAAAGCAGCAGCAUUUCUUUACCUCCUGUGGACAAAAAAAGUUCUCGACCCACAGGCAGAGGGGUGGAAGGGCUUGCCAGAGUUGGAUCCCGAGCAGCACUCUCCUUUGCCUUUGCAUUCUUACGCAGGGCUUGGCGGUCAGGUGAAGAUGCAGACCUCUGCAGUGAGCUAUUGCAAGAGUCCCUGGAUGCCCUGAGAGCUCUUCCUGAGGCUUCACUGUUUGAUGAGAGCACAGUGUCCUCCGUGUGGUUGGAGGUGGUAGAGAGAGCAACCAGGUUCCUCAGGUCUGUCGUGACGGGAGAUGUUCAUGGAACUCCAGGGACCAAAGGGCCAGGAGGUGUUCCCCUGCAGGAUCAGCACUUGGCCCUGGCCAUCCUGCUGGAGCUGGCUGUGCAGAGAGGCACACUGAGCCAGAUGUUGUCUGCCAUCCUGUUGUUGCUUCAAUUGUGGGACAGCGGGGCACAGGAAACUGAUAAUGAGCGAUCUGCCCAGGGCACCAGUGCUCCACUUCUGCCUUUGCUGCAGAGGUUCCAGAGCAUCAUCUGCAGCAAAGACAUGCCACACACAGAGGGGGACACACAUCUUUUAUCUGGCCCUCUGAGCCCCAAUGAAAGUUUCCUGAGGUAUCUCACUCUUCCUCAAGAUAAUGAGCUUGCUAUUGAUUUACGACAAACAGCAGUUGUUGUCAUGGCUCAUUUAGACCGCCUGGCUACACCCUGUAUGCCUCCUCUGUGCAGCUCUCCUACAUCUCAUAAGGGAUCAUUACAGGAGGUCAUAGGCUGGGGUUUAAUAGGAUGGAAAUACUAUGCCAAUGUGAUUGGUCCAAUACAGUGUGAAGGUCUUGCCAACUUGGGGGUCACGCAGAUUGCUUGUGCAGAGAAGCGCUUCCUGAUCCUGUCGCGCAAUGGCCGUGUCUACACGCAAGCCUACAACAGUGACACACUGGCCCCACAAUUGGUCCAGGGUCUCGCUUCCAGAAACAUUGUAAAAAUUGCUGCUCAUUCUGAUGGUCACCACUACCUGGCUUUGGCUGCCACUGGAGAGGUGUACUCCUGGGGCUGUGGGGAUGGUGGACGGCUAGGCCACGGGGACACUGUGCCUCUGGAGGAGCCUAAGGUGAUCUCUGCUUUCUCUGGAAAGCAGGCUGGGAAACAUGUGGUGCAUAUCGCUUGUGGAAGUACUUACAGUGCGGCCAUCACUGCUGAGGGGGAGUUGUACACCUGGGGUCGUGGGAACUACGGCCGGCUGGGCCAUGGUUCCAGUGAAGACGAGGCCAUUCCAAUGCUGGUAGCUGGACUUAAAGGACUGAAGGUCAUUGAUGUUGCAUGUGGGAGUGGGGAUGCUCAAACCCUGGCUGUGACUGAGAAUGGGCAAGUAUGGUCUUGGGGAGAUGGUGAUUAUGGGAAAUUGGGCAGAGGUGGUAGUGAUGGCUGCAAAACACCAAAGCUGAUUGAAAAGCUUCAAGACUUGGAUGUUGUCAAAGUCCGCUGUGGAAGUCAGUUUUCAAUUGCUUUGACAAAAGAUGGCCAAGUUUAUUCCUGGGGGAAGGGUGACAAUCAGAGACUUGGACAUGGAACAGAGGAACAUGUUCGUUAUCCCAAACUGUUGGAAGGCCUGCAAGGGAAGAAGGUGAUUGAUGUGGCUGCAGGCUCCACCCAUUGCCUUGCUCUGACAGAAGACAGUGAAGUGCAUAGCUGGGGGAGCAAUGACCAGUGCCAGCACUUUGACACCUUGCGUGUGACCAAGCCAGAACCUGCUGCACUGCCAGGACUGGAUACCAAGCACAUAGUUGGAAUUGCCUGUGGGCCUGCCCAGAGCUUUGCCUGGUCAUCAUGUUCUGAAUGGUCCAUUGGCCUCCGUGUUCCCUUUGUGGUGGACAUCUGCUCUAUGACUUUUGAGCAGCUGGAUCUCCUGCUGCGGCAAGUGAGUGAAGGGAUGGAUGGAACUUCUGACUGGCCCCCACCACAAGAAAAAGAGUGCAUGGCUGUUGCAACACUGAAUCUUCUACGACUUCAGUUGCAUGCUGCCAUUAGUCACCAGGUUGAUCCGGAAUUCCUUGGUUUAGGUCUGGGCAGUGUCCUUUUGAACAGCCUGAAGCAGACUGUGGUGACCCUGGCAAGCAGUGCGGGUGUGCUGAGCACCGUGCAGUCAGCUGCCCAGGCUGUGCUGCAGAGUGGCUGGUCUGUGCUACUGCCCACAGCUGAGGAGCGGGCUCGGGCGCUCUCUGCUCUCCUGCCCUGUGCAGUUUCAGGCAAUGAAGUGAAUAUAAGUCCAGGUCGUCGAUUCAUGAUUGAUCUGCUUGUGGGCAGCUUGAUGGCUGAUGGAGGAUUAGAGUCAGCCUUAAAUGCAGCAAUUACUGCAGAAAUCCAGGAUAUUGAAGCCAAAAAAGAAGCACAGAAGGAAAAAGAAAUUGAUGAACAGGAAGCAAAUGCCUCAACAUUCCAUAGAAGUAGGACUCCGUUGGACAAAGACCUUAUUAACACAGGGAUCUAUGAAUCUUCUGGCAAACAGUGUUUGCCUCUGGUUCAGCUCAUACAGCAGCUUCUUAGAAACAUUGCUUCUCAGACUGUAGCCAGAUUGAAAGAUGUUGCUCGUCGAAUUUCAUCGUGUCUGGACUUUGAGCAACACAGUCGUGAACGAUCUGCUUCAUUGGAUUUGUUACUGCGUUUUCAACGUUUACUUAUCAGUAAACUUUAUCCAGGAGAAAGUAUUGGUCAAACCUCAGAUAUUUCUAGUCCUGAGUUAAUGGGUGUUGGCUCCUUGCUGAAAAAGUACACAGCUCUUCUGUGCACACACAUUGGUGAUAUACUGCCUGUGGCAGCUAGCAUUGCUUCUACUAGCUGGCGACACUUUGCAGAGGUGGCUUGCAUUGUAGAAGGGGACUUCACAGGUGUUCUCCUUCCAGAACUAGUAGUUUCUAUAGUGCUUCUUCUCAGUAAAAAUGCUGGUCUCAUGCAAGAGGCUGGAGCUGUUCCUCUUCUGGGUGGCCUGUUGGAACACCUGGAUCGCUUCAACCACUUGGCUCCAGGAAAGGAACGGGAUGAUCAUGAAGAGUUAGCCUGGCCUGGCAUAAUGGAGUCAUUUUUUACAGGUCAGAACUGUAGAAAUAAUGAGGAAGUGACACUUAUACGCAAAGCUGAUUUGGAGAACCACAAUAAAGAUGGAGGCUUCUGGACUGUGAUUGAUGGGAAGGUGUAUGACAUAAAGGACUUCCAGACACAGUCAUUAACAGGAAAUAGUAUUCUUGCUCAGUUUGUAGGUGAAGACCCAGUGGUAGCUUUAGAAGCUGCUUUGCAGUUUGAAGACACACGGGAAUCAAUGCAUGCUUUCUGUGUUGGCCAGUAUUUGGAGCCUGACCAAGAAGUGGUUACCAUACCAGAUCUGGGAAGUCUUUCUUCACCACUGAUAGACACAGAGAGGAAUCUGGGCCUCCUUCUUGGAUUACAUGCUUCCUAUUUAGCAAUGAGCACACCGCUGUCUCCUGUGGAGGUUGAAUGUGCCAAGUGGCUUCAGUCAUCCAUUUUCUCUGGAGGUUUACAGACCAGCCAGAUCCACUAUAGCUACAAUGAGGAGAAAGAUGAGGACCACUGCAGCUCUCCUGGGGGCACACCUGCCAGCAAAUCCCGACUCUGUUCUCACAGACGGGCUCUUGGUGACCAUUCCCAGGCAUUCCUGCAAGCCAUUGCAGACAAUAACAUCCAGGACCACAAUGUGAAAGACUUUCUGUGUCAAAUUGAAAGGUACUGUAGGCAGUGCCACUUGACCACACCCAUUACCUUUCCUCCUGAACAUCCUGUGGAAGAGGUUGGCCGUUUGCUAUUAUGUUGCCUCUUAAAACAUGAAGAUUUAGGUCAUGUGGCAUUAGCUUUAGUUCAUGCAGGCACGCUUGGUAUUGAGCAAGUAAAGCACAGAACAUUGCCUAAAUCAGUGGUGGAUGUUUGUAGAGUUGUCUACCAAGCAAAAUGCUCACUCAUUAAGACUCAUCAAGAACAGGGCCGUUCUUAUAAGGAAGUCUGCGCUCCUGUCAUUGAACGUUUGAGAUUUCUCUUCAAUGAAUUGAGACCUGCGGUAUGCAAUGACCUCUCUAUAAUGUCUAAGUUUAAACUGCUAAGUUCUUUGCCCCGUUGGAGGAGGAUAGCUCAGAAGAUAAUACGAGAACGAAGGAAAAAGAGAGUGCCUAAGAAGCCAGAAUCUACUGAUGAUGAAGAAAAAAUUGGGAAUGAAGAGAGUGAUUUAGAAGAAGCUUGCAUUUUGCCUCAUAGUCCGAUAAAUGUGGAUAAAAGACCCAUUACAAUUAAAUCUCCCAAGGAUAAAUGGCAGCCACUGUUGAAUACAGUUACAGGUGUUCACAAAUACAAAUGGUUGAAGCAGAAUGUUCAGGGUCUUUAUCCACAGUCUGCCCUCCUCAGUACAAUUGCUGAAUUUGCCCUUAAAGAAGAGCCUGUGGAUGUGGAAAAAAUGAGAAAGUGCCUACUAAAACAGUUGGAGAGAGCAGAGGUUCGCCUGGAAGGGAUAGAUACAAUUUUGAAACUGGCAGCCAAAAAUUUCCUACUUCCAUCUGUGCAGUAUGCUAUGUUUUGUGGAUGGCAAAGGCUUAUUCCUGAGGGAAUUGAUAUAGGGGAACCUCUUACAGAUUGUUUAAAGGAUGUUGAUUUGAUCCCGCCUUUUAAUCGGAUGCUACUGGAAGUAACUUUUGGCAAGUUGUAUGCUUGGGCUGUUCAGAAUAUUCGAAAUGUUUUGAUGGAUGCAAAUGCCAGAUUUAAAGAGCUUGGUAUUCAGCCUGUUCCUCUGCAAACCAUUACCAAUGAGAACCCCUCGGGACCCAGCUUGGGGACCAUCCCACAAGCACGCUUUCUUCUGGUAAUGCUCAGCAUGCUCACCCUGCAGCAUGGUGCGAACAACCUCGACCUCCUGCUCAACUCCGGCACAUUGGCCCUUACUCAGACAGCACUACGGCUAAUUGGUCCUAGUUGUGACAAUGUUGAGGAAGAUAUGAAUGCUUGUGCCCGAGGAGCCUCUGCUACGGUUUUGGAAGAAACAAGGAAGGAAACAACUCCUGUGCAGCUCCCUGUUUCAGGGCCAGAACUGGCUGCCAUGAUGAAGAUUGGAACCAGGGUCAUGAGAGGUGUGGAUUGGAAAUGGGGCGAUCAGGAUGGACCACCCCCAGGCCUCGGCCGUGUGAUUGGUGAACUGGGAGAAGAUGGGUGGAUCAGGGUCCAGUGGGACACAGGCAGUACCAAUUCCUACAGGAUGGGGAAAGAAGGAAAGUAUGACCUCAAGCUGGCUGAGCUGCCAGCUUCUGCACAGCCCUCAGCAGAGGACUCAGACACAGAGGACGACUCUGAAGCUGAACAAAUUGAAAGGAAUAUUCAUCCCACAGCAAUGAUGCUGACCAGCACUAUUAACUUACUACAAACACUAUGUCUCUCUGUUGGAGUUCAUGCUGAAAUCAUGCAGAGUGAAGCCACCAAGACUCUGUGUGGACUGCUGCGAAUGUUAGUGGAAAGUGGAACAACAGAUAAGACAUCUUCUCCAAACAGGCUGGUGUGCAAGGAGCAGUACCGGAGCUGGUGCACCCUGGGGUUUGUAAGGAGUAUUGCACUCACGCCUCAGGUGUGCGGAGCCCUCAGCUCCCCACAGUGGAUCUCGCUGCUCAUGAAGGUCGUGGAAGGGCAUGCACCCUUUACUGCUGCCUCACUGCAGAGACAGAUCUUAGCCGUGCAUUUACUGCAAGCUGUUCUUCCAUCAUGGGACAAGACAGAAAGAGCAAGGGACAUGAAGUGCCUUGUGGAAAAGCUGUUUGGCUUCUUGGGAAGUUUGCUCACUACUUGUUCUUCUGACGUCCCAUUACUCAGAGAGUCCACGUUGAGGAGGCGGAGAGCCCGCCCACAGGCCUCUCUGACUGCCACCCACAGCAGCACUCUGGCUGAAGAAGUAGUGGCACUGCUCCGCACUCUGCACUCCUUGACUCAGUGGAAUGGGCUCAUCAACAAGUACAUCAACUCCCAGCUCCGCUCUGUUACCCAAAGCUGCAUGGGAAAGCCAUCUGAAGGGGCCCUGUUAGAGGACUACUUUCCUGACUCUGAGAACCCUGAAGUGGGGGGUCUCAUGGCCGUACUGGCUGUGAUUGGAGGAAUCGAUGGUCGUCUACGUCUUGGGGGCCAGGUCAUGCAUGAUGAGUUUGGAGAGGGCACCGUGACUCGCAUCACCCCAAAGGGCAGAAUCACCGUACAGUUCUCUGACAUGCGGAUGUGCCGAGUCUGCCCACUGAAUCAGCUAAAACCACUUCCUGCCGUGGCCUUCAGUGUGACCAAUCUGCCUUUCACAGAGCCCAUGCUCUCUGUCUGGGCUCAGUUGGUGAACCUUGCUGGAAGCAAAUUAGAAAAGCACAAAAUAAAGAAAUCACCUAAACAGGGCUUUGCAGGACAAGUAGACUUGGAUCUACUGCGGAGUCAGCAAUUAAAGCUGUACAUACUGAAAGCAGGGAGGGCGCUGCUUUCCCAUCAAGAUAAACUGAGGCAGAUCUUGUCUCAGCCAGCUGUUCAGGAGAUUGGAACUGGUCAUACAGAUGAUGGAGCAGCUGCAUCUCCUGAGCUUGGGGACAUGUCUCCUGAAGGGCCGCAGCCCCCAAUGAUUCUGCUACAGCAGUUACUGGCCUCAGCCACCCAGCCAUCACCUGUGAAGGCCAUAUUUGAUAAACAAGAACUUGAGGCUGCUGCAUUGGCUGUGUGUCAAUGUUUGGCUGUGGAGUCCACUCACCCUUCGAGCCCAGGGUUUGAAGAUUGCAGCUCCAGUGAGGCCACGACGCCAGUCUCUGUGCAGCAUAUCCGCCCUGCCAGGGUAAAGAAGCGCAAGCAGUCACCGGUUCCUGCUCUGCCUAUUGUGGUGCAGCUCAUGGAAAUGGGAUUUCCUAGAAGGAACAUAGAGUUUGCUCUAAAGUCACUCACUGGCGCUUCUGGAAAUGCGUCUGGUUUGCCAGGUGUAGAGUCCUUGGUGGGGUGGCUGCUGGACCACUCUGAUGUCCAAGUCACAGAACUCUCAGAUGCAGACACAGUCUCUGAUGAAUAUUCAGAUGAGGAGGUGGUGGAAGACAUGGAUGAUGCAGCCUACCCUGUGUCUACUGGUGCCGUUGUGACGGAGAGUCAGACUUACAAAAAGCGAGCUGAUUUCUUGAGUAAUGAUGAUUAUGCUGUGUAUGUAAGAGAGAACAUUCAGGUGGGAAUGAUGGUUAGAUGCUGUCGAACAUAUGAAGAAGUGUGUGAGGGCGAUGUGGGCAAAGUCAUCAAACUGGAUAGAGAUGGAUUACAUGACCUCAACGUUCAGUGUGAUUGGCAGCAGAAGGGCGGCACUUACUGGGUUAGAUAUAUUCAUGUGGAACUUAUAGGCUAUCCUCCACCAAGUUCUUCUUCUCACAUCAAGAUUGGUGAUAAAGUACGAGUGAAAGCCUCUGUUACCACACCAAAGUACAAGUGGGGAUCUGUGACUCAUCAAAGUGUGGGAAUUGUGAAAGCUUUCAGUGCCAAUGGGAAAGAUAUCAUUGUCGACUUCCCUCAGCAAUCUCACUGGACUGGGUUAUUGUCAGAAAUGGAGUUGGUGCCUAGUAUUCAUCCUGGGGUUACGUGUGAUGGCUGUCAAAUGUUUCCUAUCAAUGGAUCCAGAUUCAAAUGCAGAAACUGUGAUGAUUUUGAUUUUUGUGAAACGUGUUUCAAGACCAAAAAACACAACACCAGGCAUACAUUUGGCAGAAUAAAUGAACCAGGACAGUCUGCAGUCUUUUGUGGCCGUUCUGGAAAACAGCUGAAGCGCUGUCAUAACAGUCAGCCAGGAAUGCUGCUGGACAGCUGGUCCCGCAUGGUGAAGAGCCUGAACGUGUCAUCUUCUGUGAAUCAAGCUUCUCGUCUGAUUGAUGGCAGUGAGCCCUGUUGGCAGUCAUCUGGGUCACAAGGAAAGCAUUGGAUUCGUUUGGAGAUUUUUCCUGAUGUUCUUGUUCAUAGAUUAAAAAUGAUAGUGGAUCCUGCUGACAGUAGCUAUAUGCCUUCCCUGGUUGUGGUGUCAGGUGGAAAUUCCCUUAAUAACCUAAUUGAACUAAAGACAAUCAAUAUUAACCCCAGUGACACCACAGUGCCUCUUCUGAAUGACUGCACAGAGUAUCACAGGUAUAUUGAAAUUGCAAUAAAACAAUGUCGGAGCUCUGGAAUUGACUGUAAAAUUCAUGGCCUCAUCCUCCUGGGACGGAUCCGUGCAGAGGAGGAGGAUUUGGCUGCAGUUCCUUUCUUAGCUUCAGAUAAUGAAGAGGAAGAAGAUGACAAAGGCAACAGUGGAAGCCUUAUUAGAAAGAAGGCUGCAGGGCUGGAAUCAGCAGCUACAAUAAGAACCAAAGUGUUCGUGUGGGGACUGAAUGACAAGGACCAGCUGGGCGGGCUCAAAGGCUCUAAGAUAAAGGUACCUUCGUUUUCUGAGACUCUGUCUGCUUUGAAUGUGGUACAAGUGGCUGGCGGUUCUAAAAGUUUAUUUGCAGUUACUGUGGAAGGGAAGGUGUAUGCUUGUGGAGAAGCUACGAAUGGCCGACUGGGACUGGGCAUGUCUAGUGGAACAGUCCCCAUUCCGCGGCAGAUUACGGCCCUCAGCAGCUAUGUGGUCAAGAAGGUGGCAGUUCACUCAGGUGGCCGGCACGCCACAGCCUUAACCGUUGAUGGGAAAGUAUUCUCGUGGGGUGAAGGUGAUGAUGGAAAACUUGGACAUUUCAGCAGAAUGAAUUGUGACAAGCCAAGACUUAUAGAGGCCUUGAAAACCAAGCGCAUCCGGGAUAUUGCCUGUGGGAGCUCACACAGUGCGGCCCUCACGUCCAGCGGGGAGCUGUAUACCUGGGGCCUUGGAGAAUAUGGCCGGUUGGGACAUGGAGAUAAUACAACACAGCUAAAGCCCAAAAUGGUGAAAGUCCUUCUUGGUCACAGAGUAAUCCAGGUUGCAUGUGGAAGCAGAGAUGCACAGACUCUGGCUCUCACUGAUGAAGGUUUGGUAUUUUCCUGGGGUGAUGGUGACUUUGGAAAAUUGGGCCGAGGAGGAAGUGAAGGAUGUAACAUUCCCCAGAACAUCGAGAGACUAAAUGGCCAGGGUGUGUGCCAAAUUGAGUGUGGAGCUCAGUUCUCCUUGGCUCUCACCAAGUCAGGAGUGGUGUGGACAUGGGGGAAGGGCGAUUACUUCAGGCUGGGCCAUGGUUCUGAUGUGCAUGUGCGGAAGCCACAGGUGGUGGAAGGGCUAAGAGGGAAGAAGAUUGUGCAUGUGGCUGUUGGGGCCCUCCAUUGCUUGGCGGUCACAGACUCAGGGCAGGUAUAUGCUUGGGGUGACAAUGAUCAUGGCCAACAGGGCAAUGGCACAACCACAGUUAAUAGAAAGCCCACACUGGUGCAAGGCUUAGAAGGUCAGAAGAUCACCCGAGUAGCUUGUGGGUCAUCGCACAGUGUGGCAUGGACAACUGUGGAUGUAGCCACACCCUCUGUCCAUGAGCCGGUCCUCUUCCAGACUGCAAGAGACCCUUUAGGUGCUUCCUAUUUAGGCGUGCCUUCAGAUGCUGAUUCUUCUGCUGCCAGUAAUAAAAUAAGUGGUGCAAAUAAUUCUAAGCCAAAUCGCCCUUCUCUUGCCAAGAUUCUCCUCUCAUUGGAUGGAAACCUGGCCAAACAGCAGGCCUUAUCACAUAUCCUUACAGCACUGCAAAUCAUGUAUGCCAGGGAUGCAGUGGUUGGGGCCCUGAUGCCAGCUGGCAUGAUUGCCCCGGUGGAGUGUCCCUCAUUCUCCUCAGCACCCACUUCCGAUGCCUCUGCCAUGGCCAGUCCCAUAAAUGGAGAGGAAUGCAUGCUGGCUAUUGACAUUGAAGACAGAUUGAGUCCAAAUCCAUGGCAAGAAAAGAGAGAGAUUGUUUGCUCUGAGGAUGCUGUGACUCCCUCUGCAGUGACCCCAUCUGCUCCCUCAGCCUCCUCUAGGCCAUUUAUCCCAGUGACAGAUGACCCAGGAGCUGCCAGCAUCAUUGCAGAAACCAUGACUAAAACCAAAGAGGAUGUUGAAAGCCAAAAUAAAACAUCAGGCCCAGAGCCUCAGUCCUUGGAUGAGUUCACCAGUCUUCUGAUCGCAGAUGACACCCGGGUGGUGGUGGACCUGCUCAAGCUGUCAGUGUGCAGCCGAGCAGGGGACAGGGGCCGGGAUGUCCUUUCAGCUGUGCUGUCUGGCAUGGGCACUGCCUACCCACAGGUAGCAGAUAUGUUGUUGGAGCUCUGUGUCACUGAAUUGGAGGAUGUAGCCACAGACUCUCAGAGUGGCCGGCUCUCUUCACAGCCAGUAGUGGUGGAAAGCAGCCAUCCCUAUACUGACGACACUUCCACCAGUGGCACAGUGAAGAUACCAGGUGCAGAAGGACUCAGGGUGGAGUUUGACCGGCAGUGCUCCACAGAAAGGCGCCAUGACCCUCUCACAGUCAUGGAUGGUGUUAACAGGAUUGUUUCCGUGCGGUCAGGCCGAGAGUGGUCUGACUGGUCCAGUGAGCUGCGCAUACCAGGGGAUGAACUGAAGUGGAAGUUUAUCAGUGACGGGUCUGUGAAUGGAUGGGGCUGGCGCUUCACAGUCUAUCCCAUCAUGCCAGCUGCAGGCCCCAAGGACCUUCUUUCUGAUCGCUGUGUCCUCUCCUGUCCAUCCAUGGACUUGGUGACCUGUCUCCUGGAUUUCCGACUUAAUCUUGCCUCCAACAGAAGCAUUGUUCCUCGCCUUGCAGCCUCACUGGCAGCAUGUGCACAGUUGAGUGCCUUAGCUGCCAGCCACAGAAUGUGGGCCCUUCAAAGAUUAAGGAAGCUGCUUACAACAGAAUUUGGGCAGUCAAUUAACAUAAACAGGCUACUUGGAGAAAAUGAUGGGGAAACCAGAGCUUUGAGUUUUACAGGCAGUGCUCUUGCUGCUUUGGUGAAAGGCCUUCCAGAAGCUUUACAAAGGCAGUUUGAAUAUGAAGAUCCUAUUGUGAGAGGUGGAAAACAGCUGCUUCACAGCCCAUUCUUUAAGGUCCUGGUAGCUCUUGCUUGUGACCUGGAACUAGAUACUCUCCCUUGCUGUGCUGAGACACACAAAUGGGCUUGGUUCCGAAGGUACUGUAUGGCCUCCCGUGUUGCUGUGGCCCUGGACAAAAGAACACCAUUGCCUCGUUUAUUUCUUGAUGAGGUGGCUAAGAAAAUUCGUGAGUUAAUGGCAGAUAGUGAAAAUAUGGACAUUCUCCAUGAGAGCCACGACAUUUUUAAAAGAGAGCAAGAUGAACAACUUGUACAGUGGAUGAACAGGCGGCCAGAUGACUGGACUCUUUCUGCUGGUGGCAGUGGAACUAUUUAUGGAUGGGGACAUAAUCAUAGGGGACAGCUUGGGGGCAUUGAAGGUGCAAAAGUUAAAGUACCUACUCCAUGUGAAGCACUUGCCACUCUCAGACCGGUACAAUUAAUUGGAGGAGAACAGACACUUUUUGCAGUGACAGCUGAUGGAAAGCUCUAUGCCACUGGCUAUGGUGCUGGUGGCAGACUAGGAAUUGGAGGGACAGAGUCAGUGUCUACCCCAACAUUGCUGGAGUCCAUUCAGCACGUGUUUAUUAAGAAGGUGGCUGUGAACUCAGGAGGAAAACACUGCCUUGCCCUCUCUUCAGAAGGAGAAGUUUACUCUUGGGGUGAGGCAGAAGAUGGGAAGUUAGGGCAUGGCAACAGAAGUCCAUGUGACCGCCCUCGUGUCAUUGAGUCUUUAAGAGGAAUUGAAGUGGUUGAUGUCGCUGCUGGUGGAGCCCAUAGUGCCUGUGUCACAGCAGCCGGAGACCUCUACACAUGGGGCAAAGGCCGGUAUGGCCGCCUGGGGCACAGCGACAGUGAGGAUCAGUUAAAGCCAAAGCUGGUGGAGGCACUGCAGGGCCACCGUGUGGUGGACAUUGCCUGUGGCAGCGGUGAUGCCCAGACCCUCUGCCUCACCGACGAUGAUACUGUCUGGUCCUGGGGGGAUGGGGACUAUGGCAAGCUUGGCAGAGGAGGCAGUGAUGGCUGCAAAGUGCCCAUGAAGAUUGAUUCUCUUACUGGCCUUGGAGUGAUUAAAGUAGAAUGUGGAUCCCAGUUUUCUGUCGCCCUUACCAAAUCUGGAGCUGUUUAUACUUGGGGCAAAGGAGAUUAUCACAGGCUGGGCCAUGGAUCUGAUGACCAUGUUCGAAGACCUCGGCAGGUCCAAGGGCUGCAGGGGAAGAAAGUCAUUGCUAUUGCCACUGGCUCUCUGCACUGUGUGUGCUGCACAGAGGAUGGUGAAGUUUAUACAUGGGGUGACAAUGAUGAGGGACAACUAGGAGAUGGAACAACAAAUGCCAUUCAGAGACCUCGGUUGGUAGCUGCCCUUCAGGGUAAGAAGGUCAACCGCGUGGCCUGCGGCUCAGCGCACACACUUGCCUGGUCGACCAGCAAGCCUGCCAGUGCUGGCAAGCUCCCUGCACAGGUCCCCAUGGAAUACAAUCAUUUGCAGGAGAUUCCCAUAAUUGCCCUGAGAAAUCGACUGCUGCUGCUGCAUCACAUCUCAGAGCUCUUCUGCCCCUGCAUCCCCAUGUUUGACCUGGAGGGCUCACUUGACGAAACUGGACUUGGGCCUUCUGUUGGGUUUGACACACUACGAGGGAUCCUAAUAUCCCAGGGAAAGGAGGCUGCUUUCCGAAAGGUGGUGCAAGCAACUAUGGUGCGAGAUCGUCAACAUGGUCCUGUUGUAGAGCUGAACCGAAUCCAGGUCAAGCGCUCCAGGAGUAAAGGUGGGUUAGCUGGUCCUGAUGGCACCAAGUCUGUCUUUGGACAGAUGUGUGCUAAGAUGAGUUCCUUCAGUCCUGACAGCCUUCUCCUUCCUCACCGUGUCUGGAAAGUCAAGUUUGUGGGUGAAUCUGUGGAUGACUGUGGUGGUGGCUACAGCGAGUCCAUAGCUGAGAUCUGUGAAGAGCUGCAGAACGGACUCACUCCCCUUCUGAUUGUGACACCCAAUGGGAGGGAUGAGUCUGGGGCCAACCGAGACUGCUACCUAUUCAAUCCGGCUGCUCGGGCGCCUGUGCACAGCAGCAUGUUCCGCUUCCUGGGAGUAUUACUGGGCAUUGCCAUCCGAACCGGGAGUCCUCUGAGCCUCAACCUUGCUGAGCCUGUGUGGAAGCAGCUGGCUGGAAUGAGCCUCACCAUUGCAGACCUCAGUGAGGUUGAUAAAGAUUUUAUUCCUGGGCUCAUGUAUAUCCGUGACAAUGAAGCCACCUCAGAGGAGUUUGAAGCCAUGAGCCUGCCUUUCACGGUGCCAAGCGCCAGUGGCCAGGAUAUCCAGCUGAGCUCUAAGUACACACAUAUCACCCUGGACAACCGUGCAGAAUAUGUCCGGCUGGCAAUAAACUACAGACUCCAUGAAUUUGAUGAGCAAGUGGCUGCUGUUCGGGAAGGGAUGGCCCGAGUUGUGCCUGUCCCCCUUCUUUCUCUGUUUACUGGAUAUGAACUGGAGACAAUGGUUUGUGGCAGCCCAGACAUCCCACUGCAUCUUUUGAAGUCUGUGGCAACAUAUAAAGGAAUCGAGCCCUCUGCAUCCCUGAUUCAGUGGUUCUGGGAAGUGAUGGAGUCUUUCUCUAACACAGAACGCUCCCUCUUCCUUCGCUUUGUGUGGGGCCGGACUAGGCUGCCCAGGACCAUUGCUGACUUCCGGGGCAGAGACUUCGUCAUCCAGGUCCUGGAUAAAUACAACCCCCCUGACCACUUCCUUCCUGAAUCCUACACCUGUUUCUUUUUGCUGAAGUUGCCCAGGUAUUCCUGUAAGCAGGUGCUGGAGGAGAAGCUGAAAUAUGCUAUCCACUUUUGCAAAUCCAUAGACACAGAUGAUUAUGCUCGAAUAGCCCUCACAGGAGAGCCAGCUGCUGAUGACAGCACUGAUGACUCAGAUAACGAGGAUGUAGAUUCAUUUGCUUCAGAUUCUACUCAAGAUUAUUUAACAGGACACUAAAAUGGAGGAAUGCAAUCAGGUAGCAACAGAAGACUGAACAAACAAAGCAGAGUGCUGCUGUUUAGAUUGCGGAGUAUCUAGUGUGUCCUCAAAAUGUGUGGGAGGGAGGCAGAGUGACUGAC